UCAAGAGUCUUUCUCUCCUUAUCCCCCGAGCAUUUCGGUCCCUCGUGAUUCGACUUCUCUUUCUGUAGUUUUAGUAUAGUAAGGUGAGCGCUGAAGCGCUGCACGAAUCUUUCUUAGAAAGAUUUAGCGACGAAGUUCUGCCCCUACAGAGCCCGACUCCUAGCUAAAAUCCCCUUGUAAGUUUCGUCGAAGGAAAUUAUUUUAAAGUAAACGAAGCGCUGUCCGAGUACCGAGUCACCACCUUCUCAAGUGUUGAUAUGAAGUGACACUACACUGAGAGAUUUAAAGAGAUGUAGAUCACUAGUGUAAAUAAUUGUAAGUUCUGUUUAUGCUUAUGUUUUUGUAUUAACGAUGACAUCCCAAACGUUUUAAAAUGAAAUAAAUACGUUUCUUCGAAAAUGUUUUAAUAACGUAUUUACCAUGUUUUUCUGGGAACAAAUUCCGCAACAUUUUUAUAAAAUGAAGUACUCUGAUUUUUAUAAAGCAUAAACAACAUCGGUCUUUUCUGGCCGUGAAAAUGGGGAUGUCACAGUUGGUAUCAGAGCAUUAGUUUAAGCGAACUAGGAAUAUGGAUUUAUUUCUAGACUUAAACUUAGAAUGCUAAGCGAUGAUCGUGAGGUGUGAGCACUAGCUUAUUUUAGGAAUUAUGCCUAAAAUGCUUUUAUGUGCUAAAUGCUUGUGCCUGAUAUGCUGUUAUUUGUUCGGAUCUAUGGUUUGUUGCCGACCGGAUCUGGAAACCUUAUGUGUUUAGGAUUCUAAGCGUUUAACUACGAUAUUAGAACUAGCAUAUAAACGUUUCGGAGUGAUAAGAAUGAUUUAAACGUCAAUCCUAAGUAAAGGUCUAGAUUCACCUUAUUCGGCGUAUAGAUCAAGAUGACAAGAACCCGUAGCGGAAACGUGAAUGCAAAUGGGAACCGAGAUCAACCCCCAGCGAUUGAUCAAAUACCGGUUGUGGUAGCCGCUGCUGAGCCAAUAACGAUGGCAGGAGUGCAAGCGAUGAUCCAAGCAAUGUUGGAUCGUCAAAUGGAGGAAACCAGACGUUUGCUCCAGCAAAAUCGUGAGGAAGCGACUAUUCAGAUCGAACAGCCCAAGUUGAACGAAGGGCAGACUGAGGAAGGAAACUACAGUGGGACUGUUGGUCAAGUCAACCCACCAAUAGUUCGACAAAACAACCAAGAUGACGAAGUCGAGAGGAAUGGAUGCAAGUACAAGGAUUUUCUGACUUGCAAGCCAUCGACUUUCACUGGAAAGGAGGAUCCGAUCGGGGUCAUGGAUUGGAUCUCGGAGAUGGAAUUAGCUUUCAUGACGUGUGGUUGCAAGGGAAAACAACAGACCACGUUUGCAGUGCGUCAGUUUCGAGGAGGCGCUGUACGAUGGUGGAAUACCUUGGGAAAGACGCUGAGCCCCAAUGAGCCCCUGCAACUGACAUGGGCAGAAUUUUUGGUGCAUUUCAAACGUAGGUACUGCUCAGCCCAAAAUCUGCUCGAGCUAGAAAACCAAUUCCUUACCUUAAAGAAAGGAAGCAUGUCUAUUGAUGAAUACACCAACAACUUCACAGAGAAGAUGGAGUUCGCCUUACGUCUUGUUCCGGAUGAGCUGACAAAAAUUGACAAGUACGCAAAGGGACUUCCAUGGGAAUAUGCAGUGCCAGUGCGUCAGGCACCUACUUUGGAGGCAGCUAUCUGGGCUGCCAAGUCGGUUGAGGAGAUGAUCAAGGGAAGAGCCGCCAACAAGACCGAGGUUGGCGAAAAGAGGAAGUUUGAGGGGUCUGCGAAGCCCGAUGAGAGAAGCAAAUCAAGUACCAGGAAGUUUAGAGGAGGAGGGAGUGAAGAAAGAUGGUGCGAGAAGUGCAAAAAGAAACACUCUGGAAAAUGCAGUGAGGAAGUAACUUGUUUCAAGUGUGGGAAGCAUGGGCAUUAUGCCAACGAGUGUAAAUUCAAUAAAAGGGUGUGUUACGAAUGUAAUGAGGAAGGACACUUCAAGCAAGAUUGCCCAAAGAGAGAAGGGGCUACAAAGCCAAAUGUGCCGCCAAAGCCAAAGGCGAGAGCAUUUCAAAUGAUCCUUGACGAAGCAGAUAACAAUGCGAGGAUUCAGGAGUGACAACUUGACAUCCAAAGAUCGAGUUAUGAGGUAGCCAUAGAAUCGUAUGAUGUAGCCUGUUAGAGGCAUAUUCUAGGGUGAACUUGAACACCUAUGUAAUAGUUUCAAGGAAUAAUAAAAACCUUCGUUUUGAUAUCUGAUGUCUUAAGCUGUUAUAUGAUUUUCUUGUGUGGUGACUUGGAAAACUGUGGGACAAUACCUGAGACGAGUAUGAGUAGGUGUGAAUGGUAGUAGAGGCCUAUACUACCGGAAGCACAGGACUCACACUUGGAUCAGGGAAAGUCACAAGGUUACCAAGAAGCUAGUAAUUGGUUUCGUGUGUGUUGUUACCAUCGUUUCGGUAAUGACUAAGAAGAUUGUUGAUAUUCCGACCCUAGUGGUCGUAUCGAAUUGAGUCCGACUACGAUGAGUAUGUUGUGUGGUUCAGAGAACCAAGUUUGAUGUAGCGUCCGACUUAAACCAAACGGUUGAAAUCAAAGCGAUCAAUAGAAGUAUCACACUCGUUGUUAAGGAAGUUGGUGGCUAGAAAUGCCUAAUGUUAAAGUGUGAUUAUAUCACAUUAGAACAUGAAGGAAUGCAUAGUCUGUUUUAGAAUUUAACUCUAAGAGACCUAAGUCUAAGUGUUGCAACAUACGAUGAUAGGUCAUUAGAAUAUGACACAUCGAUCUAUAGUAGUAAUAAAAGAACUUAUCUCAAGUCCGUAUCCAGCAAGGAUCGAGAUUGUGACUUGAAGGUCAUAAUUUGGAGUCUAACCUGAGGUAGAGAGCAGGUGCACGAUCGAGUACUCUUACAGUCAAUGAGUUUAAGAGAUAGAA